AACUAUUUGGCAUUUGUAAAUUGCUGUCAUUUUUCAGUUUCCUAUUAUCACUAACAUGACUUACGUUUUUCGUGUAGUUUAAUUCAAAUAAAUAAACUAACUUGUCCACUACAGUGUUAGUGACAAGGCAUUAGUUUAUCUGUACAGUUUUUUAUUAUUUACCAAGUUAUUCAUGUGUGAAAUGUUAUAAUUGGUGAUAUAACCUACAAUAUAAUUUCUUGCCUUCAGACUGAAAAGUUUAUAAACUCUCGUCAAAGUUUUAAAAGUUUAAUAAAAAUGGAAAACGAAAGAAUCCGAAACGUUAUCCGAGUGGGUUCAAGGAAAAGCGAGCUGGCGCUCAUACAAACAAACUAUGUAAUUGAUAGUUUGAAGAAAGUGUAUCCGGAUAAAGAAUUUACACUAGUAACAAUGACAACACUGGGUGACCGUAUACUGGAUGUAUCGCUCCCGAAAAUCGGGGAAAAAUCUCUCUUCACUAAGGACCUUGAAGACGCUUUGAGAAACAAUACUGUAGAUUUCGUAGUGCACUCGUUAAAAGAUUUACCCACGACCCUACCUGAUGGGCUGGCUAUAGGAGCUGUGUUUGAGAGAGAGGACCCGAGGGAUGCGUUGGUUGUUCGAGAAGAUAUCAAAGAAACCACGCUCGCUGACCUUCCGGAAGGUUCUGUUAUUGGUACAUCGUCAUUACGUCGUACAGCACAGCUAAAGGGUAGCUACCCUCAGCUUAAAGUGGUCGAUGUUAGGGGCAACCUCAACACGCGGUUAAGGAAACUCGACGAUCCCACUACGGAAUACAGCGCAUUAUUGCUCGCACACGCCGGCUUGCAGCGAAUGGGCUGGGGCCAUAGAGUAACUAAGGUGUUGCCAUGUUCUGAAAUGAUGUACGCAGUGGGCCAAGGCGCUUUGGCCGUAGAAUGUAGGGCGGAUAAUGAAGAAAUUCUGGAAAUGUUGGCGCCCUACAAUCACGUUGAAACGUAUUGCAGAAUAUUGGCUGAGAGAAGCUUCCUGAAGACUUUAGGCGGUGGCUGCAGCGCCCCCGUGGGAGUGUCGACCAAACUAAAAAAGCUGGAGACAAAUUUCUCACUAACCAUAUCCGGCGGUGUCUGGAGUCUCGACGGGGACACAAGGAUCGACCACACGCUCGAGCAAACCUUCGAGCAAAUCAAGAAGACGCAAAAACACAAACUCAGCCCCACCGAAGACGGCUCGCACAAGAAAAUCAAAGUGGACGAGACAAGAGCGGAUAAAAACUACAACCCGUUGGAAGAAAUGGAUAAAAUGCUAAAGGAAGGACGCGGGAAUCUGAGCUGCGUCGAUACUAGGAGUCCGGAGGAAAUAAAGGCGUUAUCGGAGAAUAUAUUCUGUGGUCUGACAGAGAAUAAGAGUAUCCCGCUUGAUGUGAUUCAGAAAUGUGAUAGCUUAGGCCGAGAUUUGGCAAAUGAAUUGAUAUCUAAAGGCGCUCUUGAAGUUAUGAAAGUGUCCCAAGAUAUCAUAAGGAGCUCCACCGCAGUGAGGUCUUGAUGUUUCUGUCGUUUCAACGUGGCCAGAGAUUUAGAUGUUUUAUUGGAAUUUAGGCUUUGCUCACAUAGGAAAAUAAAAUUUAUAUUCAUUAAAAUACGGUAGCGAAUGCUCUGGCAAUUAAUUGGAUGAUAAAAUUUAAUGCUUGGUAUACAAAUUGCAGUAUCAAGGUUGAGCAAACAGUGAUGAAAAUGUACAAAAUUUUAAGUAAAUUUGUGCAGUUGGUUGUCAAGGGAUUAUGUUCAUAUAACAUAUAUAUUUAAGUAAUAAAUUUCGUUGAACCCUCACUAGUAGUACUAGGUGACUUUGUAGGUGAAAAUUUCCUUACCGCUCCAUAAUUUAAAAUGUGAUAAAACAUUACAUUCCCAAUACUAAAUUUUUUAAAUCGAAUUCAUUCUUAAAACUCAUAUUUUUAUUUCUAAUAUUUAAAUCCAAAAACCAUCUUAUUAAUAUCAGGUUUAAAUUUUUCGAUAAUUUUCUAAUAACUAACCAACUAAUAAUGUCACGGUGCACAAAGUUUAUAGUGAUUUUAAAUGUUUACAAGUCUUACGGGUGCUAUAUCCAUCAUACUAUAUGUAUCUUUUUUUUAAAUACACAAUAUGUAUUAAAUGCAUCCCGUGUAUUCCACACGUAUGUACGAGACAAAUAUAACGUAUAUUUGUCCCUUUUACUCCAGACUUUCAGGUUUAAAGUUUAUUGCACUUUGUACCCUGGGUUACUUCUUCGGUGCUACAUAGAUAAGCUCGAUAAUUCACAUAAAUAAUAUAAAAAAAGAGUUCACUUUCAAUUGUGCAAUGAGAUUGAUUAAUGUGGUUUUAGAUCUCAUUGUAAAAUCAUUGCGUAUAUUUACUUAUACAUUUUAAAACAUAAUAUUUGCAGUUAUUCUUGGUCCGUAUUAACCCUUCUUUUUGCGAACUAAAGGAAUAACUUUGAUCAUUAUUUAAUAUGACAACAUUUUACGACUAUUUUUUUACUCAAGAAUCUUGAAUUUAAAUAUCCAUUUAAUAUGCAUACCAUAUUACGUAUGUAAUACCAUACUCUAUUUUCUAAUCAAAUGGGAAGGUGGUAAUAUACUAAUAUAAAAAGUUUUUUAUUAGAAAAUUGUGUGUUCAUUGAAAAUUGUCUUGAUUUUCAUUUAAGAUACAUAUAAAUAAAUAUUCAAUAGGUGUUUACGUUUCAGUUUUGUUGGUUUUACACAACAUUUAAUAUAUUCUGUUAGUUUUAUGAUUAAAUGUUUUUGUUGUAUUUUAAGGAAUCUUAUUUGAAAGCAUUAUUUUAAUCUUAGAUAAUUAUUCUUAAACACAUAGUUCAGUCUUGGAGCUCUCUUUGGACCGUAUACUAC